UAGCAGAGUUGUGGCAGAUUAUUUUUUAACUUUAUCCAUGAAAUAAUGCUCUCUCUCUCUCUCUAGCUGUUAUCUUUCUUUCUCUCUGUACUUCUUACAGUUUUGCAUUUAUACAUAGAGCUCUAUAUGACUCUCCCGACCGAUGUGAUUGAACGACCAUAGUUCAGUUCGUCCUGUUACCACAUUUUCGCCGACCCCAUAAAUUUAAAAAAAGAAAAAACAAACCCACCCAAGGAAAAUUCUCACAAACCCAACUCAAUAAUGUUAGUGAGUUCAAGCUGCUGUACAUGUGUGAGCUUUCUGUGGGUUGUGUUGUGCGGACUCUCUGGGUUUCCAAAUGUUUUCAAGUGAAGCAGUUGCUUGUAAAUUAUAAAAGGGUAGCUAAAGCUUAACUCACUUUUCGGUACACUGGCUAGAGGGGGUUGGUUAAGCUGUAAAAAACUGGUUUUCUUUGGAGGGCAGUAAUGGCAUUUCGAGUUGAGCUUCUUCUUCUUGCUAUUCUCGUAUCUCUCAGCUUCGGUUCGGUGGAUUCCGAUGACGGGGCAACACUAUUGGAGAUAAAGAAGUCAUUCAGGGAUGUGGACAAUGUUCUAUAUGAUUGGACGGACUCACCAUCUUCAGAUUAUUGUGUUUGGAGAGGUGUCACAUGUGACAAUGUCACCUUCAAUGUCGUUGCCCUCAAUCUGUCAGGUUUGAAUCUAGAUGGAGAAAUCUCACCUGCAAUUGGAGAACUUAAGUUCCUGCUCACCAUUGAUCUAAGGUUAAACCGGCUCUCAGGGCAAAUCCCAGACGAGAUUGGUGACUGUUCUUCUUUGAAAAGCUUGGACUUGUCAUUUAAUGAGAUAGAUGGAGACAUACCAUUUUCAAUCUCAAAGUUGAAACAGCUAGAAUAUCUAAUCUUGAAAAAUAAUCAGCUGAUUGGGCCAAUUCCUUCAACUUUGUCUCAGAUUCCAAACUUGAAAGUUCUAGAUUUGGCACAAAAUAAUCUGAGUGGAGAAAUACCAAGGCUUAUAUACUGGAAUGAAGUUUUGCAGUAUCUUGGUUUGCGAGGGAACAAGUUAGUGGGUACGCUCUCUACAGAUAUGUGCCAGCUAACUGGGUUAUGGUACUUUGAUGUAAGAAAUAACAGUUUGACUGGCAGUAUUCCCCAAAAUAUAGGGAACUGCACUGCCUUCCAAGUCUUGGACUUGUCCUACAACCAGCUAACGGGAGAGAUUCCAUUCAAUAUUGGGUUCUUGCAAGUAGCCACAUUAUCAUUUCAAGGUAAUCGACUUACGGGGCAUAUUCCAUCAGUGAUUGGUCUGAUGCAGGCACUUGCUGUGUUAGAUCUGAGCUGCAACAUGUUAAGUGGGCCAAUUCCUCCUAUUUUGGGAAAUUUGACUUACACUGAGAAAUUGUAUUUGCAUGGCAACAAGCUGACUGGGUCUAUUCCACCAGAGCUCGGAAAUAUGACAAAGCUUCACUAUCUGGAAUUGAAUGACAAUAAUCUUGACGGCCUUAUUCCACCUGAGCUUGGGAAGCUUACUGAUCUCUUUGACCUUAAUGUUGCUAACAACAAUCUUGAAGGGCCCAUCCCUGAUAAUCUUAGCUUGUGUACAAAUCUUAACAACCUCAAUGUGCAUGGGAACAAGUUGAAUGGAACCGUCCCACUUGGUUUCCAGAGGCUAGAGAGUAUGACGUAUCUGAAUCUUUCCUCCAACAAUCUUCGGGGCCCAAUUCCAAUUGAGCUAUCUCGGAUUGGUAAUUUAGAUACUUUGGACAUCUCUGAUAACAAAAUCAAUGGCUCAAUUCCUUCUUCCCUUGGUGAUUUGGAACAUCUUCUGAAGCUGAAUUUGAGCAGAAAUCAUUUAACAGGAUUUAUUCCCUUGGAGUUUGGUAAUCUAAGAAGUGUUAUGGAAAUAGAUCUUUCAAAUAAUCAUCUCUCAGGCUUCAUUCCUCCAGAACUUAGUCAGCUACAGAACAUGGUCUCAUUGAGACUACAAAACAACAAUUUAUCUGGGGAUGUGAUGUCACUGAUUAACUGUCUGAGUCUUAGUAUACUCAAUGUAUCCUAUAACAAUCUAGCUGGUGAUAUUCCCACAAGCAAUAACUUCUCAAGAUUUUCACCUGACAGUUUCAUUGGAAAUCCUGGUCUUUGUGGUUCUUGGCUCAGUUCCCCAUGUCAUGAGUAUCAUCCAACAGAGCGAGUCACAAUAUCUAAAGCAGCCAUUCUGGGUAUUGCUCUUGGUGCCCUUGUAAUUCUUCUCAUGAUAUUAGCAGCAGCAUGCCGGCCUCACACACCAGCUCCUUUUUCAGAUGGAUCGCUUGACAAACCAGUUAGUUACUCUACACCAAAGCUAGUGAUCCUUCACAUGAAUAUGGCACUUCAUGUGUAUGAGGACAUCAUGAGAAUGACUGAAAACUUGAGUGAGAAGUAUAUAAUUGGUUAUGGGGCAUCAAGCACAGUAUACAAAUGUGUCCUUAAGAAUUGCAAGCCAGUGGCUAUCAAGAAACUCUACUCCCACUAUCAGUGCUUGAAGGAAUUCGAAACAGAACUUGAGACGGUUGGGAGUAUCAAGCAUCGGAAUCUGGUUUGCCUCCAAGGAUACUCCUUGUCGCCCUCUGGGAACCUUCUCUUCUAUGACUACAUGGAAAAUGGCAGUCUUUGGGAUCUGCUUCAUGGUCCUACCAAAAAGAAAAAGCUCGACUGGGAUACUCGUCUCAUGAUAGCACUUGGAGCAGCCCAAGGUCUGGCAUAUCUACACCAUGAUUGUAGCCCUCGCAUCAUCCACAGGGAUGUCAAGUCAUCUAACAUUCUAUUAGACAAGGAUUUUGAGGCCCAUCUCACUGAUUUUGGCAUUGCCAAGAGUUUAUGCGCCUCAAAGUCUCAUACAUCUACUUACAUAAUGGGCACCAUCGGCUAUAUAGACCCAGAGUAUGCACGUACUUCUCGCCUCACUGAGAAGUCUGAUGUGUAUAGCUAUGGUGUGGUUCUACUUGAGUUGCUGACAGGAAGGAAAGCUGUAGAUAAUGAGUCCAAUCUUCAUCAUCUGAUCUUAUCCAAGACAGCCAGCAAUGCUGUCAUGGAAACCGUUGAUCCUGAGAUCACAGCCACGUGUAAGGACCUUGGAGCAGUAAAGAAGGUUUUUCAGUUAGCUCUUCUAUGCACCAAGAGACAGCCGUUGGAUCGGCCAACAAUGCACGAAGUAACAAGAGUCUUGGGGAGUCUUGUGCCAUCCACACCACCACCAAAGCAACCAGCCCCAAACCCAACCGCUCCACUCCCUUCCACAAAAGUGUCUUGCUACAUGGAUGAGUAUGCAAAUAUCAAGACUCCACACAUGAUGAAUUGCCCAUCCAUGAGCACCUCAGAUGCCCAACUCUUCCUUAAGUUUGGGGAGGUAAUUUCUCAGAAUAGUGAGUGAAGAUUAUGUUAGGAUCAAAGAUAAAGUAGUGGAAGGAUAGUGAAAGAUAUUAGUUAAUUGAAAAUGUGUAUAAAUAUUUGGUAUUAGUUUUAGUUAACUUAGCCUCUCUUUUUUCUUUUUCUUUUUUUGCUACAAAUUAGUAACUCUUAGGUGGAAAAAGGAAAAGAUGGACAAAGUAACUAAUAUAUUUCAAAGGCGUAGUAGUACCCACAAUUCAUGUA